AUGUUCAGCGAUCUCCCUGUUGAAUUACUGCAAUGUAUUUUUAUGUUACUCUCUCCUUGUACUGAUUUACUCACAGUACUCAAUGUCUGCAGACGGUGGAGAGAGGUUGGUCAGAGCGUCUUCAAGCUGCGUGAAAGUCUUAGUCUAUCUGCAUUUAAAAUGCAGAGGCCAUUGCAAUGGGUAUCUCCACAGUUAGCUACCUGUACAGAACGUCUCAAACACACAUCUCCAUCCAAGAGGUUUGGAGCAACCAUCAUAUUGAAGGGGCAGUUACUGUAUGUUUUUGGUGGUGCUACGAAGGAACUAACAGCUUUUAAUGAUUUAUGGACCUAUGAUUUAUCCACCUUCAGCUGGCAGCGUCUGAUUGGUAAAGGUGAACUACCAACACCAAGAGCACAUGCUAAAGGUGGUUUUAUUGGAAAUCUUCUUUAUCUAUACGGAGGUUGUCAAAGCUUUCAUAGAGCGGGAUCGGAACAUACGGGCCGUAUGGAUUGGUUAACUGAGUUGAAUAGUUUUGAUAUUUCGACAAUGCAUUGGUCACGUAUGCCGUUAUACGAAGUAAACCACUUAAGUCCUGUAUCACCACCUGCAAUUGCCGGCCAGUCUGGAUGCUUUCUCCCUAAAGGUGGAAUAGGCGAACCUAGUGUAUUGGUUUUAUUCGGAGGAAUGUGUCAAUCUCUUGGAUUGUGCGUUAACUACUUAUUUGUGAUAUCGCCGGAAAAUGGUUGUUGGAUUUCACUUUCUGAUACAACGGAUAAUUGUCAAGGUGACUGGCCAUCUGGGCGCUGUGGUCAUUCAACUUGCGCUCUUGAUUCAAAUAGAAUGCUUUUGUUAUUUGGGAAUUUGGAAUCACCUUUGGCCACUGGUCAUUCUGUGCGUCGACAACAAGGAAUGUCAGUUAAUCCUACUUCGAGUAAUGAUUCUGAAUCAACUUCUAGUACACUUAACUAUCAUGGUCGACCAGCGAGAGAUGUAUGGAUACUUACACGUUGUUCACCAAGUAUUGGUCAAGAAUGGUUUGAAGUCGAUUGGUUCUGGACCAAAGUUCAGUGUUCUGAGGGUAUCCCUGGAUGCCCACCGAUAGACUUUUAUCAUGCAACCGCAGUUUCACUUCCAUAUCGUGAAGACAGUAAGUCACUGUUGUUGACAAAGGACAGUAAUUUUAUUUCUGUACCAAGUGACAACGUUGGUACAAACAACUCAAUUGUACACAAUGUCUAUACUGUUGUUGUCAUCAGUCAACCUACCACAGCAUUGCUGGAUGAGGCAGCUAAACAGCGCAGAUAUUGGCAUCGCAUGAAACUCAACUCCGAGUUAAACAGUGUAACUUUUCAAAAUAAUUCGGUAGGUCAAGAUUCUCGUACGUCAGAUGAUGAUGUCAAUGACGAGGAUGAGGAGCAGCGUAAACAUUCUCAUUCAGCUGAUAUCACUGAUCGUGAAUCGACUGGGAUUUUGCAACUUCCGUCAUCUAGGCGUGCAAAUAACAGACGUGCACGAAGACUUGAAGCUUUAGCUAUUCAAGAACGAAAGCUGUUUGGAACACGUAAUCUGAUCCCUAAUGAAGUUAAUACAUCAUCAUUUGCUCGAUCAUUUUCAUCAAAUCAAAGUUCAUCCAAUCAUAACCAGUAUCCUUCUAAUCACGUAAAACUUGAAUGUACUUAUCGUCCCUUGGCUCUGUAUACACUCAACAUUAUAUACUCUCAUUCUGAUGCAUAUAGUUCUGAAACUAAAAUCCACUUCACAGAAAAUAAAGCUAAAGGUAUUUGGUUGGCACCUGUCAAACAAAAUUAUCUAGAUCUUUAUUCCGCACCACCUGAAUGCUUAGGUUUUUCAUGUGCUUUUGGUCAUGGCUGUUUAUUUCUUUUUGGUGGUUUGACUGACUCAGAUGAUAUUAGACCAAAUGAAAAUGUGAAUACAUUUCACCCAUUAGUUAAUGGAUCGCAAAAUCGUAAUGAUAAUGAUCUAUAUCAACGACACAAUAAUUCAUCAACCUUACAAUCGUCCAGGUCUUCAGUAUUAAAUGAAUCUCUUACACAAGGACAUCUUGUUUCUUGUGUAAAUCAUUCACCAGAUACAAUUUAUCCCAAUCCUUUAGGUACCGCUCAGUUUUUCGUUCUUCGUGCACGUGCACUCGCUGGCACUAUAAUUUAA